UCUGCAGUGUUCAGUACACUUUUUUGAACGGGAAAUGUUAAAAGUGAUUUAUUUACUAACGGCCCUAUGCAUAGGGUCACUCCAAGCAACUAAGAUGGUUUGUUACUAUGACUCAUCUAGUCAGUACAGAGAAGGUUCCGCACAAGUGUCUUUGCAAGAUCUCGAGCCAGCUCUACAAUUUUGUAAUUAUCUUGUUUAUGGUUAUGCCGGAGUCGAUCCCGAAACCUACCAGCUUCGGCCAAUCAACAAGGAUUUGGAUGUGGGCCGCAAUCACUACCGCACCAUCACCAAUCUACGACGCAAUCAUCCACAGCUCUUAAUCUUGCUAUCUGUUGGUGGUGAUCGUGAUCGCUUCAACGACUCAUCUUACAACCCCUAUCUCGAUCUUCUCGAGAAUCAAGCUCAUCGCAAUGCAUUUAUUAACAGCGCUGUAGCUCUGUUGAAAACUUUCGACUUUGAUGGGCUGGACUUGGCUUGGCAAUUCCCAAAAAAUCAUCCCAAAGUGGUGGAGGGUAAAAUCAAGAAGGCUUGGCAUUAUAUCAAAAGUUUCUUUACGGGCACAAAAGUCGUCGAUGAAAAUGCUGAAGAGCACAAAACACAAUUCGCAACUUUGACACGCGAGUUGAAGGACGCUUUCCGUACUGAUGGCCUCAUUUUGACAUUAACAAUGCUACCACAUGUGGACGCAAGCCUUUUCAUAGAUAUUCCUCGCGUAAUACCAGCUGUGGAUUUCGUCAAUCUUGGUAGUUAUGAUUUUCAAACGCCCGAGCGUGAUCCCAAAGUGGCAGACCAUACUGCGCCCUUAUACGAAAUGCCCGAUCGCGAUCCUAGCCAUAACAUUGACUAUCAAGUAACGUAUUGGCUGAAUAACACUGCGCCGAGCAAUAAAAUUAACAUUGGUGUACCGGCCUAUGGACGUUCGUGGGUAAUGACGUGCGAUUCCGGCAUAACUGGUUUCCCACCCGUAAUAAACACACGCGGUCCGGGUGCAGCUGGUAACCAAAUUCGGGUGCCCGGAUUGAUGAGUUGGCCAGAGAUUUGUGAAAAAAUUCAACGUGACAAGGAAUUGGAAGGCGAAGAUGCUCCGCUACGAAAAGUUGGUGAUCCUCGACAGCGUUAUGGUAGUUAUGCGUAUCGAUCAGCUGAUGAUAACGGACUUUAUGGUUUAUGGGUUGGUUACGAAGAGCCUAGUACGGCAGCCAUUAAAUCCAGCUACGUGUUCGCGAAGAGCUUAGGCGGCGUUGCUUUAUUCGACUUGACACUCGACGAUUUUCGUGGCCAAUGUGCUGGCGAGAAAUAUCCGAUAUUGAGGAGCAUUAAAUUUAAACUAUAAAUUGUGUGUCGCAACAGUGACGAAAGUUUAAAUUUACGUCUGUAUUUGAGCAAAAUUUACCUUAUAGGCAAUCCUUUUAUUUGUUGACAUAUUAAAUCCUGCGCGUCCAUGAUGGACUGGAAGCCAGCAUUUAGUGCUGCGUGUUGAACACUCGUACAUGUGCUAAAGCAAUUAUAAUAAGCGGAGUAAAUGGACAUUUCAUGUCGCAGCACAUAAUGUAACAAUAUAUACAUAUAUACUUUUUAUUUCUACAUAAAAGUAAGCAGUAAAU